CCACCAAACUAUUUAUUUAUAGCGCAAAUAAAAUUUGAUAUAUCUUCUGCAAGAUAAUAUUUAUAGGCUUACAUUUUAUUUAACCUUUUAUUAUGUAUAAUGCAAGAAAAUAAUAAUACUGUGACAUCAACAAAAAGGAAAAGAGGGAGACCACCAAAAUCCCUAACAAAUUUACAAACUGAAAUCCAAGUUAAAGAAAAUAUAACUUAUAGAAUUCACGAUACAAGUUCCGAAUUUAUUGCUAAUUAUCCUAACAAAGACAUUAUUGAUGAAGUAGAAAAUGUUAAACAUGAUAAUGAAAGUUAUGCAUAUGAUUCUGAUAAAGAUCCAGGAUGGACUCCAAAAUCAAAUCAAUUACCUUCAUCAGAAAACAUAGAAGGGAAUAUAUCAUUUAAAGAUACUAGUUCUUCCAGUUUACAUAUAACUGACACUGGUGAUAUUAAUAAAGAGAGUGUUAAAAAAACAAAAUUAAAUAACCCAGCAAUUAUUCAAUCUAGGGCUUAUUCCAAUGACACUUUUAUCAAUAAAUUUGAAGAUAUAUCCUCUAAUGACCGUGUAAUGCCAUCAUCAACUACAUUUGCUAACAAUAAAAGGAAAUACAAUAAUGAAGAAAGACAUGCAUUUAGGAAAGGGGCAUUUCUGAUAGCCAAACAAGAUGUGUGCAAAUUUCCUGAAUGCCCUGUGUGGAGAGUGGAUGGACCUUGUCUAUUACAAAAAUACGAACCCAUAACCUUGAAUGAUGGACAACAAAAAGCUUUCCGAAAAACUUUGAUUUUUUCUGGUUGGGCUAACACAACCCGCAAAAAUUAUAGGCCUGUUCAAAUACAAAUAUUGCUUCAAGUAUGUAGGACUGUCGAAUUAAUCAGCGUGACGGACAUAUCUAAGACUCCUAAUGGCGACGAGCUGGAAAACAAUCUAAAUUCUUCUGUUUCCAAUAGAUAUGAAGAAAGUACUGAUAAUUCUAAAAAUGAUGCUAACGCAAAUUUAAUUAGCAGGAAAGAUCUAACUUCAGGAGAUCACCCCCGAGACGUUUCUAUUGAAGAUUCCGGAUCUCGUUCUACUUCGCUCGAUAAGUACCCCGUUUUAUCCGAAAACGCGGAUGUUUAUUUACAACUCUUGCUAAGUUCAGCCAUUCAUCCUGGAUUUUUGGAAAUGGUAUUGAAAGACGGAGAUGAGUACUUUAUUAAACCAUACAACAAAAUCGAGGAAUUUAAUAAAACGUAUUUGGAAUCGUUAAUUUUGUGCUCUCAGAAGAUUACCUCUGAUCAAAAUUAUUUGGCUUUAAUUAAAUAUCUACCUGACAUGGAAAUAAGCAAUGGAUUCGAUGCUAAAGAAUGUUUUGCUUGCCAUUCCGACCCUUCAAAUUGUGUAAAAGUGACCCUAUAUGGUUUUCCUUACGAACCACACACCCUUAAACAAAUUCUGUUACAAACACAAAAUAACACCCAUAACCUUGAUUCCCAAAAUGAAAACGUUUCAAACGAAGACAAUACGGAAAGCGGAAAUAUGGAUAACUUGACAGAACAAAUUCCUAUGGAGACCAUAAACCUAUGUCUAAAUUGUUUGGAAAUCGCUCAACUAUUCAAUAAAUUAUAUCACAUGAGGUACAAGCUCUAUCAAAAGUGUUUAGACCAGAUAAAUUUACUCAAGCAGAAUCCUGAUAUAAGCGCCACUCAGCUUCUAGAAUCUUCCUUGUUCAAUCAAACCUGGAAAUUAUCCAUAUUCCAAGACUUUAUAGACAACUGGGACAAGGCUUACCUUUACUGUACCAAAUUCAAAGAUUACGAAAAUUCACAAGUUCUAAGUACUAACGAUAAUCUAUCCAUUAACAACAAUAGCCAAAAUCUCUUAAACAUAAAUGUUAAUAACAAUAAGGAAUUUGCGUCUCAAUUACCAUUUAAUAUGCUGACGGGAACGUCUGGGGGUGAUAAUAUGCCUUAUGGACAAAGUAAUCUCAUAACUAACUCAGACUGUUCCAAUAAUGAUCCAGCUAUUUUCCUCCAACAACAAAACUCCAUUACGGAUAAAUCCUUGAGUAGUAACUCUAUGAUUCUUAACCAAUUGAAUAACGCUAACAUCGUGGACCACCACACCUCAGAUAAUAGCAGCAGCAUCAUCUUAAAUAAUUUACAAAAUUCGAACAUUCCCGAAGAUCCAAACAAUAAUGGUCAAGGCGAGAUAUUAAAUUUUUUCGUAUGUCAAGACGAAAACGGUAACGAAGUUCUCUGUUAUUACAUACCCCAGCAGGGUGAACAAAACGAGCAGGCUAAUCCAAAUAACGAAGAGAACGAAAGUAAUAAUCUGGGGUUAGAAAUAAUUAACGAGACAACCCGAUCAAAUAAUCUGGGAAACGAAGGAAUUGAUCAGAUUAUAGAAGGUAGCGAACGAUUGGAAAAGAAACGAGGGAUCGAAACGGACCAACGUCAAGAUGAUUCUCUUACGAUUACGAGUGUAGGGGAUUAUGUCAACAUAGACAGGGACGGUUCAAGCGAUAACACGAAUUCCAUGAAUCUACAAAAUUUGAUUAUGGAAAAUAGUGAAUUUAUCAUGAAUAAUACAGCCUUAAACCAACAAUCAAUAAUUAAAAAUAAUACGAAUCUUAUGGUUAUUAGUAAUUCCAAAAUCAAUUUUCAAAACUAUGAAGAGAAGACCGAUUAUAACACACUUAACAACGAAAUCGCACAUAAAAACUUGGAGUUUGGCGAACAAUUUCACGUUAUUCCUGAUCAUCAGGAAGUUAUAUCCGUAUCACAAAAUAACAUAAUCGUUGACACAAGUUUAGGAAUGGACGAUAAUUCUUUAAAUCAAACUAAUUCUGCCAAGUUUUUCAUUUCUAACACCAUCAAUAACGAGGGCUUGAAUAAUGAAUUAGAUAUCGUAAAAUCCAACAGUGCUAUCAAUGAGGAAUAGACGAAGAAUUACCCUCAUAUAUUUUUUUAGAUUAUAUUAUUUGUAUAUUAUACCGGGCUUAGUAUCAUGAUAUCGUUGAGCAUGACAUUUUCAUAAAAGAUAUUUAUUGUGCUGUGUAACCACUUGCCAGGAGAUAAUCGAGUUGUAAAUUAAUUUCAAUUGAUUUUGAAAUAUUUUAUAUUUAUAUAAUAAUUUUUAUGAUUAUCAGUCUUGAAAACAUAAUUUUUCAUUAAAUAUUAAAAAUAUUCCCA